AUGCAUAUAAGAGAGAAUCCUAAUGAAUGUGAAAGAGAUUUUAACCAUUCCUCCAGUUCUGGCGAUCAUCCAAAAAUUUAUGUGGGAAAAAACCCAUCCAGAUAUAAGAAGCCUGGGAACACGUUUAGUCAGUCAUCAGGAACACAUAUACAUAAGACAAUCUGUAGUGGAGAGAAACCUUACAAAAGUAAAGAAUACAGCACAGACAUUAAAUUGCCAUCGACCCUUACUCACCAUCACAGAAUUCAUACUGGAGAGAAACCUUACCAAUGUCAAGAAUGUGGGAAGGCCUUUAAGCAAAGCUCAAACCUUACUGAACAUCACAGAAUUCAUACUGGAGAGAAACCUUACCAAUGUCAAGAAUGUGGCAAGGCCUUUAGGCAGAUAUCACACCUUACUCACCAUCACAGAAUUCAUACUGGAGAGAAACCUUACCAAUGUCAAGAAUGUGGGAAGGCCUUUAACCACAGCUCAAGCCUAACUCAGCAUCACAGAAUUCAUACUGGAGAGAAACCUUACCAAUGUCAAGAAUGUGGCAUGGCCUUUAUCCAGAAGUCAGGCCUUACUGCACAUUGCAGAGUUCAUACUGGAGAGAAACCUCACAAAUGUGUAGAAUGUAGCAAGGCCUUUAAGCAGUUAGCCAGCCUUACUCGACAUCACAGAGUUCAUACUGGAGAGAGACCAUACCAAUGUCAAGAAUGUGGCAAGACCUUUAAGCAGAUAUCACACCUUACUCAACAUCACAGAAUUCAUACUGGAGAGAAACCUUACCAAUGUCAAGAAUGUGGCAAGGUAUUUGUGUCCCAUUCAGGCCUUACUCAACAUCAGAGAAUUCAUUUUGAGAAACCUUACAGAUGUUAAGUAUGUGGCAAGGCCUUUAGUGGCAGCUCAAGCCUCUCCCAGCAUUACAAAAUGCAUAGUAGAGAGAAACCUUUUAAGUGUAAAGAAUGUGGUAAAGCUUUUGGAUUGCUCGACACUUAA